AUGUCUUCCUCGGAGGCAGGCGAUGAGUACGAGCACCCUACCCAAGAUAUUACGAUAGAUGAUGUCGAGCAGCCCCCACCAAAGCGCCUCAAGCUUGGGGACGUGGGCUCUGCGACCCCGUCAGCUGUCGUCGCCGAGGCAGAUCCAGAGCCUGAAGCCGAGCCGGAGGCCAAGGCUGGGCUCGACGAGGAUGACAACAUCUCCAUCUCUUCAGACUCCUCAGGCGAUAUUCCCAGUAGCCCUGCGAAUGCGCGGCUGGAGGACGAGGAUUUCCAGCCCCAGGUCACAGUAUGCGCCUGGGAGGACUGUGGCGCUGGCGACCUGCGCACUAUGGACAAACUGGUGAAGCACAUACAUGACGAGCAUAUCGAAGGCCGCCAGAAGAAGUACACAUGCCAAUGGGUAGGCUGUAGCAGACAGGGCGCAAACCACGCCAGUGGCUACGCGCUGAAGGCGCACAUGCGUAGUCACACAAGGGAGAAGCCUUUCUUCUGCUACCUCCCAGAAUGCGAUAAAUGCUUCACGAGAUCCGACGCUUUGGCAAAACACAUGCGGACCGUCCACGAGACCGAGGCCCUCCGACCCUCUGAUCCGGUGCCAAAGAGUAUGCAGGUUACCGGCGUCGCUCCGGCGGCCAAGUCUACGACGAAACUCAAAAUCAUCAUCAGAACACCACAAUCGCAUGCUGCAGGACAUGAUGACACCGUUGAAGACGGAGUCAGCGGCGACGAUACCCCGUCGGACCUUUACACCCAGCUUACUGAGAAAGAUGGCUUUGCGGCACGAGAGCUCAAGAUGCCUCUCAACGAGCUACAUCGUGUUUGCAAGCACCAGGUCAAGUGGGCUGAGGAAGACGGUGAGAAGCUCAAACUGGAAUGCAAGAAGUGGGAAGAGCUAUACAGGCAAGCCUGGCUUGAGAAGGAGGUUCUCCUGUCCCAAAUGAUCAAGAGCGAGGUCGGCUGGCAAGAGCGACGUCGUGCCAUACUAUCCGGAGCCACCGAUAUUAUCGUCAACGGAGGGUCUCCAGAAGCUGAGCCCACAGCCGCGCCUGUCACCAAUGGAGAACGUUCGGCCGAGGAAUAG